AUGAGACGGCCGAGGAAAACCUCAACUGGGUCAGACCUGAGAGUCUGGAUAGGGGUACACGGCCUCAACUGCCAGCGCCCCCCAGACUGCGAAGUACCGAAGGCACGAAGCAUCGCCCGGGCCUGGUGGCCGCGCCUAACCUCCGUCUCAGACUGCGCGGCACCGCGGGACCGGCGUCGUUGCUUCGGCGCCGAAUGCCACCCCACGCCAUGCCCUAACGAAGCUCCCGCGCGAAGCCGCUCGGGCCGGCGGAGGCAGGCCCGGCCCCACGGCUCCCUCCUCUGCGGGGCCCGAAGCUGCUGCGUCAGUCUCGACCGUCCCAAUGGGGGAGCUCACCCAGCCAAGAAGUCCUCAGUGAAGAGCGUCCGCGACUCACCUGCUAGGCCGCUGCUAGCCGUGCUCAUUCCCUGGAGUCCUCAGCUGAGCGUCAAAAUUCCAAGAAUGGGCUGUUUUAUUCCACCCUAUGAAGUAAGUUCCAUCAUUACCAUCAUCAUCACCAUCAACAUCACCACCUUCACUAUCACCAUCACCACCAUCAUCACCAUCAUUAUCAUCAUCACCAUCACCUCCACCAUCAUCACCACCAUUACUACCAUCACCACCAUCUUCACCACCAUCAUCACCUCCGUCACCAUCACCAUCAUCGUCAUCAAUUCACAGAAACAUGGAACAGAACAGGCCUGGGAGAGAAGUCCUUCCUCUCUUCUCAGGAGUAUCUUCUUGUCUGCAGACAAGGUCGAGUGCUUCUCAGACUACAUGGCCCUGUGGAUCCCGAAGAGCCAAGUGAAGGGUUUAAGGCAGUGGCUGAGCAGAACACUGCACUUGCCAGGGACCUGGAGAACCCGCCACCUGGAUCCUUUUCUUGCUAAAUGUGGCUACUUCCUGCAUCCCGCUCCCCAUGGUGACUUCAUUUUUCGAGCUCUGUACUCGGCUUCCUUGGUGCAGAAGGAGAAAGCAAAUUACAGGUUGGAAAUCAGAAUAUUUCAGAAAGGGGUGAGAAGGUUGGAGCAGAGUGAUGGCUAUGUAAUGAAGUGUCCAAUGACAACGCCAAGGCUGGGCCAAGUGCAUGUCCACUGUGGGUCCACGUUUGUCCAGGUCUCACGGCCACUGCCCCUUGAGAACUCCAGUGGACAGCCCCCGUGGCUGCUGUCCCUUCGCGGGGAGCUGGCGGCAUCCCUGGAAGAUGCCAGCCUCAUAGGAUUGUAUGUGGACAUCAAUGCCACCUCCAUCACCAUCCAAAGCCCGAGGCCAGAGCUUCUUCAGAGGUGGGAGGUGCUGAACACCUCCACGGAGCUCCUGCCACUCUGGUUGGUCAGUGGCUACUCGGCCUAUUCUUUAGAAGCCACUUGCCCACUGGUGUCAUCCCAGCCCGAGUUGGAGGUCUUAGUUCACAUCCCCAAGCAAAGACUGGGUCUGGUCAAAAGAGGUUUCCACUUCGAGGAAACCCUAAGCCUACGAUUCCUCCGAGUCCACCAGUCCAGUACCUUCACAGUCACUGAAAGCCAAGAUUUUGUGGUGGUCAGCAUUCCGGCAGCUGGGGUGCUCCGAGUCCAGCAAUGCCAGGAUGGCCAAGAAGCCCCAGGAACACAAGCUUUCUAUAGGGUAGACCUGAGCCUGGAAUUUGCAGAGAUGGCUACCCCAGUCCUCUGGACAGUGGAAAACUUCUUUCAGUGUGUGGGUUCGGGGACGGAGUUGCCUGCCUCAGCGGCCAUGCUGAGGACUGCCCCUUCCCCCCAGUCCCCAGGACCAGAGACUCCUCCAGCAGGUAUGCCCCCUGCUCUCUCACUGAAGAAGGGGCUUGGAUUACACCUACAGAAGGCCAGACCUGUGAGAAGAAGCUGGGUGUCCACUGUCUCCGACUUCCCCAGGGCGACGCAUGCUCACUAGGGCCCCCAGCCUUGCUGGGGGAAGCAGGGCUCCCCGGACACUUCCUGCCUUCAGCCAUGCCCUUCUCAGGAUCAACAGGAGCUGCCCAGACUAGCUCCGGGUCCUCAAUUCAAGUCUCCCCAGCCUCCAAGGCCCUGACCAUGCAUUUGUCCUCAGGAGUCACCCCUCCUCGACUGCCACUUUGGAGGUUUAAACACUCU